AUGCGGCAUCCCGGAACCAAAGUUCAGCGGAGCAUCAGGGGCACGACUAGCUUGGCCAAGGGGACGAGGGUCACACUGCUUCGAGGAACCACGCAUCGCCAGUACCUUCUCUCAACCCUUUGCAAGCUCAUGAAUCCCACCAUGAAGAGCUGGCUUGCCGUCGUCGUCGUCGCCGUCCUAGCCUCUUCUGUCGCCGUCAGCGUCGACGCUCUGCCCGCCACCACCUAUGCGGAUGGCCCGACGGCCGAUCCGCAGGCGCUCGUCAAGCAUGUCGAUGAGCUAGUCGACCAGCGCACAGACCCUGACAAUCAGGCCGUGGUCUGCGACAACCAGCCGUUCAAGCUCGAGAUCCCGCGCAAGAAGGUGGACUUGCCUUCGUGGUCUGGCUACACGUGCAUUUACGUCUUUGGCGCGGGCCAGGUCUACACUCAUCUGGGCUCGAUGAAGACCGGCACGGUGUGGAUCCGCGUCGACGACACGGCCUGCAGCACGGACGGACGCAACAUCUAUUGCUAG